UGCAAAAUGGAUGUAACCAUGAGGGGUCCCUGCGAGAAGUCUGGGGAGAGUGAAGAACAGGAGAAAGAGGUGGCGGCGGCGGCUACGGCGGCUGGGCGUCCUGCAGGGGUCCCGAAGGCUGAGGAUUCAGACUCAGAUUCGGACUCUAACCUGGAGACGGAAGGCACCCAUGGGCUCAGAGAACUGGUCAAGGACACGCUCUACCUGAGGUCUUGCCGGGCCCACGGUGCCAUGCCCGUUUCCUGCUUUCUGCGCCAAGGGAGAGCCCCAGAGCUGAAUCUGCGGCACCGUGGCCUGGGGCCCCAGGGGGCCCGGGCUCUGGCUCCUGCACUAUCCUCCAAUCCCUAUGUCAAGCGGCUGGACCUUCGGGACAACGGGCUCCGUGGGGCUGGUGCAGAGGCCCUGGCGCACGCCAUGAGCAAAAGCAGCAGCAUCUGUGAUGUGGACCUGUCGGAGAACCAGCUGGGAGCGGUGGGAGCCCAGGCCGUCUGCGCUGCCCUCAUGGCAAACCCUGCCAUACAGAAGGUACAGCUGGCAGGGAACAGCCUGGAGGAGCAGGCAGCCCAGUACCUUGCUGAACUCCUGCUGGCCCACACGGGCCUGAAGUCCCUGGACCUGAGCUAUAACCAGCUAAAUGACCAAGCAGGGGUGUACAGAGUGAAUAAGAAGGUCUGUCUUGGUGUUUCGGAAGGGGAGACGCUUGGACCAGCCUUGGCAGAAAACACAGGACUCACCGAGCUUAACCUAAGCUGGAAUCAUCUUCGAGGCCCAGGCGCUGUCUCCUUUGCCAGAGGACUGGGGGCAAACAUCUUCCUGAGAGUCCUGGACAUCUCAUACAAUGGCUUUGGAGACCCUGGAGCCUCUGCAGUGGGUGAGGCACUUCGGACCAACAAUGUGUUGGAGGAACUCAACAUGAGCAACAACCGCAUCUCUGUGGUGGGAGCCCGGAGCCUGGGCCUGGGCCUCCGGGUCAACCAGACACUGAGGAUUCUUGUUAUGUCCAGGAAUCCCAUGCGAAGUGAAGGCUGCCUGGGUGUCCUCAAGUCUGUCCGGGAUAAUCCAGUGUCUGCCCUGGAACUGCUGGAUUUCUCUGGUAUCCAGGUGCACAGAGAGUUUGAAGACCUCACUAGCUCAGUGAAGGCAAUUCUUCCAGGGCUUUGCAUAAAGACUGAUGCCGGCAGAGUGGAGUACAAAAAAGAGUUACUGGCAGUCUGGAGACCGUCCCUACCAGCGUCGGCCCCUAAAUGACUGUGGAGUGCAGCCUCACAAUGUGUUCUUACCACUUGAGUCUGCAUUGAGUCACCAUGUCAACCAGGUGGUAAGUCUCAUGGAGCCGAUCUUCACGAUGACUCAAGACACCUGUAUCCUCCUUUCCAUCCCCAACCACUGCACGAACGGGGGCCUUCCGUUGUUCUCCCUCAUUCCUGUGACGCGAAGUUGUACUAUGUGCCGCGCACUGAGCUGGGCAUGGGGCCAAAGUUGCCCAAACAAGUCUCUGCUCUGGGGACUUACCAUGGGAGACAAUUAAAAUAGAAGGCGGUGUGCAACUGGCAUUCCCAAACUCAACUUGCCAUGAUGCAGACUGUCACAACGUUUUGGGGAAGGCAAUUUAUCAAUAGGCACUGAGAGCCUUAACUGCCUGUGUCCUUUGAUCCGGUGGUCUAACUAAUCGGCUCUACAGAAGUAAUGCUAUUUAUAAUCAUGAAAAUUGGAAAUAACUUAAAUGCCAAAUAAGAGAGGAUUGGUUUCUAAGAUUUGGAACUUUGCAAACAUGGAAAGCCAAGUGCUCAAAGUACAGUGAGCAAUUUGUGAAAAUGCACAAGAUUAAUAUUAAGUAAGAAAAUCAGGAUUAAAAAAAUCAGUUUUGCAAAAGGUUAAAUAUGGAGUUACCAUAUGACCUAGCAAAUCCAGUCCUAGAGA